UCUGUCCUCUUUCAGGCCCACGUGCCAGAGAGACCAUUUCGGACCCAUCUCAUUCCGCACGUUUUCGGGCAAAGACAGGCAUUUGCUACGUGAGUAGCCUAUUGUAGCGCUGUGCUUACUUCCGUUGCCAUAGGAAUGAUGGCCUCCAAGCAACAGCGCCAACUGCUGCAGGUGCUGUUUCGGAUGCUGGUUAUCCUGUACUUUUACCUCGAUGUCUUUGCUGUUACUGAACUUUUUGUUUUUGUCUACAUGCUCUUCAAAUACAUGGUGCAAACCUGUCUAAUGAAAAUUGACAGCACUUGUGCUCAGAUUAGCGCGGAUUCUGGUGCUUGGUCCCCGAAUUGACGGGUUUAAAGUUUCCCAAUGAAUAUUCAUGGAGGGAAAAAAUAACGAAUUAAUCCGUUGACUGCUCUAAUUACUUAUUGUAACGCUGUUUAGUUAUUUACUUUGUUUGACAGGAAAAUCCUCAAAUACACGUUCUCCUGAUCCUUUAUUUGUAUAGUUUUAUAAAGAAACGCACACACUUCACAAUGUACAUUAUUUCAUAGCUAAUCAAAUGGAACUAUUCAUAAGUAAAUUUUCACAUGUUUUACACGGGUAGCUCUACACACGCAAGGAUGUACGAGUUGUCCAUGCUACCAUAACAGCUGUGGUGACUUAUAAUUAAUGGAAUGGUAGACUGAAGGUUUCAUUUCAAAAGAUCGUUUUAACGAAAGCGUUUUAGAAUUCACAACUUUGGACGGCUAGGCCACAUAUAAUCAUGCAUGCCGUUAAUAAUUAUAUGAAGUGACACUGUUUCACUUUGAUACUCGCCUUCUCAAUUGUCCGAGAGGGACGCGGGGUUUAAAACCAGUUUGCGUUUAAUAUUAUUUUCAACUAUGCAACAUUUGCAGAAUUAUAUCCGUCUUUCUUUCAUGUGCCAGCUGGGCAAAACGGGGCAGUCCAUUACGCAACAAGGUGUCCCCUUACUCCAAGUAUCCCACAAUCCAACCCCAGAUUCCUUGGAAAUACGCCCAUCUUGCAGAGCUUUAGUUCGCUGAAGCCAUUGUCACCGCUGCCAGCCAUCAGCGAAAAGUCUGGGGAAGAGGACGAGUCUUUUUCGUGGUCUGAGGAAGAGGACGAGAGAUGGCGGAAGUUGUGCACAUGAUUGACAGCGAGGUGUUCCUGGCCUAUUCCACUUACGCCACCAUCGUCAUCCUCAAGAUGAUGCUCCUGUCUCUCCUGACUACUUCCUGCCAGCUCAGGAGAAAGGUGUCUGUUGAUCAUGAGGACACUGUAUUUGUGAAGAGCGAAGAUGACCAAAGGAAGGCUGUGCGUGCAGGCCCCGAUGUGGAGCGUGUCAGAAGGUGGCAUCAGAACGACCUGGAGAACAUAGUCUCCUUUGUGCUAAUCGGACUGCUGUACGCCCUGACCGGACCGGACCUCCACGUUGCACUUCUACACUUCCGGGUCUUUCUAUGCUCCCAGAUCGUCCACACCGUGGCGUAUAUGACCUCCCUGCCCCCGCCUACCCGAACCCUCGCAUUUUCAGUAGGCAUCGUUUGCACCUUGUCUAUGGUGUACAGAGUGCUCUGUACCGCAUUUUACCUCUAGGGGGCGCCAGGUUCAUCCACACAACCUAACGGAGAAAAGAGUUGAAAGGUUCUGGAAGUCUGGAAAUGAUCAGUGACAGUGUUAUAAAAGAAGUUUCUCCAGCAUGAGAGGUGCAUUUUUUGUUUUAAUGUGUUGUUAAAAGAAAUGUUUCCUUUCCAGAAAGGAAAUUAAAUUGUGCUUAAAUCAAAAAUUACCUUUUUCUUUAGAAUGUUUCUCUAAAAUUCAUGAAGACUGAGAAACAUAAAGUCCUUUGAGGUCUCCAUAGGCCAGCCAAUAGUUUUAGACUGUGGAAGGAAAUCAAGCCACAUAUUUUAAUAUACAGGGCAGAAACUCAACCAAACGUGACAAAUAUCUUCACUGCCUUAAAAAAAACCUGUAUUGCAAUCGGUCAUGGGUUUAAAUACUGAAAUUACUAUAGAUUAUUUUUCAAUAAAUAGCACUUUACAAGGGAUAUUAAUUGGUUAUUGACGUUACAUCCCAUCCUGGUCAAAUUUGUGUAAUGUGUAAAAGUUCCCAUUAACUGAAGACAAAGCAACGUUAAGAGAAAUAUUGCCACAGGCAUCAUAUAACCUGUUUGCACUGGACCUACACCAGGCUCUGUAGAGAGCCAAAUCUGAGAUGAUUGCCAGUUAAUUCAAUUAAUUAAUUUCAUUGAAUCAAAUACCAGGGAAACCCCUUUACUUUUUGUGUACAUGGAAAAAACAUCACUGUAACGUUUUAGUUGAGUUUCUUGUAAAUAAACUGAAAAAAUAUA